AUGACUGCAAAGCAGGACCAGAAACCUGCAAGUCCUCUAAAACCAGGAGACCCAUCAGGGGCUAAACAGGGGAGUGCUGCACAACCACAGCAGCAGCCCCUACAGCAGAAGACUCAACAAGUCCAGCCUCAGCAGACCCCAGCAAGUGCACCGAAAGCAGAACCUGUGAAGCCUCAGCAACAGCCUCCUAAAGUUGGGACCUCUCCAGGACCUGCUCAGAAGACACCACAGGAAAACCGGAGAACAUCAGAAGUUCAGAAACCACCACAGCAGCCCAGCCCUGGGCGUAGGCAGAGUAGUGCCAUUCCGUCCACACAGCAACACCCCAAGCAGGAGACAGGAGGCUUCUUUGGCUUUGGUGGUCCAAAGUCUCAGCCUGCUGCCUCAAAGGCUGAAGAGUCAGUGUCUGGGAAGAUGUUUGGCUUUGGAUCCUCCAUCUUCAGCUCUGCAUCCACUUUGAUCACCUCAGCUGUUCAGGAUGAGCCCCACACCACACCGCCAGCUUCCCCCAAGUUGUCUGCACCGGCCUCUCCCAAGAUGCCCCCUGCAAAGGAGACCAAACCACCUGCUGUUCAGAGAGCAGAGGAGAAAAAAGCAGAGCAACCCCAGCAGGCCAAGGUCCCCCCAUCAAUACAGGCCAACGUGGACAAACCCCCAUCAGAGCCUCCAAAGGGAGCAGCAUCUUCCCAACCAUCUCCCAAAGCAGGCCAGUCCACCUGUCCACUCUGCAAGGUGGAACUCAACAAGGGAUCCAAGGACCCUCCCAACUACAACACCUGUACCGAAUGCAAGAACACUGUCUGCAACCUCUGUGGAUUUAACCCCAUGACAAGCGUUACUGAGAUGAAGGAGUGGCUGUGUCUGAACUGCCAGAUGCAGAGAGCUCUUGGAGGAAUUGAACCCCCAGAACCCCUCAUGAUGAAACUGUAUCCCAACAAAGUUUUUGCACCUCAAACAGUCACUGUCACACCUAUUGUAGCCCAAAAGGACAUUGCAACACCUGCUGCAUCUGUGAAGACAGACAGUCCAAUCCCAAGCUCCCCUCAAAGGAAACCAGUUCCCCCUGCAGCUAAAGUAUCAAAAGCUGAAGCUACUAAAGCAGCAGGCACUCAAAAGCCGGCAAGCCCAGCUCAGAUGGCAUCACAGGUGAACCGGAGAGCUUCAGAACCUCAGAAACAACCACAGCAGCCCAGCCAGCCUGGGCGUAGGCAGAGUAGUGCCAUCCCAGACACACAGCAACACCCCAAGCAGGAGUCAGGGGGCUUCUUUGGUGGCUUUGGUGGUCCCAAAUCUCAGUUUACCUCAAAGCCUGAAGAGUCAGUGUCUGGGAAGAUGUUUGGCUUUGGAUCCUCCAUCUUCAGCUCUGCAUCCACUUUGAUCACCUCAGCUGUUCAGGAUGAGCCCCACACCACACCGCCAGCUUCCCCCAAGUUGUCUGCACCGGCCUCUCCCAAGAUGCCCCCUGCAAAGGAGACCAAACCACCUGCUACUGAGAGAGCAGAGGAAACAAAAGCAGAGCAACCCCAGCAGGCCAAGGUCCCCACAUCAGUACAGGCUAAAGUGGACCAACCCCCAUUAGAGCCUCCAAAAGGAGUAGCAUCCUCCCAACCAGCACCCAAAGCAGGCCAGUCCACCUGUCCACUCUGCAAGGUGGACUUUAACAUUGACUCCAAGGACCCUCCCAACUACAACACCUGCACCGAAUGCAAGAACACUGUCUGCAACCUCUGUGGAUUUAACCCCAUGACAAAUGUUACUGAGGUGAAGGAAUGGCUGUGUCUGAACUGCCAGAUGCACAGAGCUCUUGGGGGAAUGGAACCCCCAGGACCCCGCAUGAUGAAACCCCAACCCUUACUCAACAAAGUUUCUACACCUGUUGCACCUCAAAAGGAGACUCCGGCAUCUCAAAAAGAAAAGGAGACAGCCAUACCUGCUGUCGAUCAGAAGAAGGCCGCCUCCACACUACAAAAAGAGGAGAGAACCACACUUGCUGCACCACAAAAAGAGACUCCAUUACCAGCCUCAUCCAAAAUGGGGGAGACACCAGUUACAGCUUUAAAGCAGGACACUCCAACACCAGAUUCACCACAAAAUAAAAAAUAUCCUACACCACCAGGUGUGUCUGUAACAGAUGAGGUCCCAACCACAGCUUUGCCUGUCAAGAAGGAAGUUUUUUCCUCAGCCCUUAUCAAGGAGGAACCAACUUCUGCCUCCCCUCUCAUCAAGGAGGUCACUGAUUCACCUCUCACUAAGGAGGCACCAGCCCCAGCCUCACCUCAAAAGAAUAAGGAACCUAUACUACCAGGGUCACAAAACAGAAAGGUGUCCCCAACACUAGGUUCAAUCCAAGAUAACUAUGCUGUACAAUCAGGUUUACCUCUGAAGAAGGAAGUACCAUUUUCGACAGCAGUAGAGACUAAAGAGGUCCAACUUCCAGCUGCAGUUCAAAGCAAUGAGGCACCUGUUCCAGAUUCACUCAAAACAAAAGAGACUACAACAGUUGGCUCCGCACUGAAAAAAGAGGCUUCAUCUACUGAGAUCUCAAUUGACAACCAGAAACCUGCAAUUGUUCAAAAGUCGAAGGAGCGACCAGCCACACCUACAAACAAGCAGAACGAGGUUGGUCAACCCUUACAGCAGCCAGAAAAGCAAAUGCCUGCACAGGAACAGCCAGCUGCACAGCCUCUGGCACAAGUACAGUCCCUGGAAGCUCCAAAGCCAGACCCCAAAAUCACUCCCCCAAAGCAGGAGCUUGGGAAACCAGCCAGUUCAGCACCUGCUCAGAAGGCACUAGAGAUCCGGAGAACAUCAGAACCUCAGACACCACCACAGCAGCCCAGCCAGAGUAGUGCCAUCCCAUCCACACAGCAACCCCCCAAGCAGGAGUCAGGAGGCUUAUUUGGCUUUGGUGGUCCCAAAUCUCAGUCUACCCCCUCAAAGCCUGAAGAGUCAGUGUCUGGGAAGAUGUUUGGCUUUGGAUCCUCCAUCUUCAGCUCUGCAUCCACUUUGAUCACCUCAUCUGUUCAGGAUGAGCCCCACACCACACCGCCAGCUUCCCCCAAGUUGUCUGCACCGGCCUCUCCCAAGAUGCCCCCUGCAAGCCAAGGUCCCCCCAUCAGUACAGGCCAACGCCAGUCCACCUGUCCACUCUGCAAGGUGGAACUCAACAAGGGAUCCAAGGACCCUCCCAACUACAACACCUGUACCGAAUGCAAGAACACUGUCUGCAACCUCUGUGGAUUUAACCCCAUGCCACAUGAAACAGAGGUGAAGGAAUGGCUGUGUCUGAACUGCCAGAUGCAGAGAGCUCUUGGGGGAAUGGAACCCCCAGGACCGCCGAUGAUUAAAUCCCAACCCUUGCCAAGCAAAGUCUCCACACCUGCUGCAUCUCAAAAGCUGACCCCAGCACCAGCUAAACCCCAAAAGGAGGAGAUUCCAGUACCUGCGGCUGCCCAAAAAGAGAUUCCUCCACCCACUGUACCUCAGGAGACAUUAAUAUCGGCAGGAACCCCAUCAACAGCUGCAGUCAAAAAGGAGGAGACCCCAGCACCAGGAUCCCCACAAAACAAACAUGUUCCACCUGCUGUGGCUGCAAAGGACAAACAGGAACCUAUAAUUGUUCAGAAACCAGUGGGCCAAACAAUUCCAGUGACACCCAUACCCAGUGGUGCUGCUACACCUGCACAGCAGCCAGAAAAGCAAACUCCUCCACUGCAACAGCCUGAUGCAAAGCCCCCACCACAACUACAGCCCCAGCAAGUUCCAAAGAUAGACCCCAAAACGGAUCCCCUAAAGCAGAAGCCUCAACAACAGCUUCCAAUAGGUGGGACCUCUCCUGCCAAAGCUGUAUUACAACCACAGGCCAAGCCCCCAAAGCAGUCAGGAGGCUUCUUUGGCUUUGGUGGUCCAAAGUCUCAGCCUGCUGCCUCAAAGGCUGAAGAGUCAGUGUCUGGGAAGAUGUUUGGCUUUGGAUCCUCCAUCUUCAGCUCUGCAUCCACUUUGAUCACCUCAGCUGUUCAGGAUGAGCCCCACACCACACCGCCAGCUUCCCCCAAGUUGUCUGCACCGGCCUCUCCCAAGAUGCCCCCUGCAAAGGAGACCAAACCACCUGCUACUGAGAGAGCAGAGGAAACAAAAGCAGAGCAACCCCAGCAGGCCAAGGUCCCCCCAUCAGUACAGGCCAAUGUGGACAAACCCCCAUUAGAACCUCCAAAGGGAGCAGCAUCUUCCCAACCAUCUCCCAAAGCAGGCCAGUCCACCUGUCCACUCUGCAAGGUGGAACUCAACAAGGGAUCCAAGGAUCCUCCCAACUACAACACCUGUACCGAAUGCAAGAACACUGUCUGCAACCUCUGUGGAUUUAACCCCAUGCCACAUGAAACAGAGCUGCAAGAAUGGCUGUGUCUGAACUGCCAGACACAGAGAGCUCUGUCUGGUCAGCUGGGAGACAUGGGGAUGAUGGCCGAGGCACAACUCACUAAGACUGGUGCCCAGCCCACACCACAGCCUGUAGCCACAUCCACCAAGACAGAGCCCCAGUUUCCAGCAGCAACCACAACCAAGGCCCAGGCUGUUCCUCUCACAUCAGAGCCCAUUCCACCUACACUAACACCUGCUAUUGCACAAAAGGAGCUGGAGCCAAAGGUGAAAGUCCCUGAGGCUGAAGCUCCCAAUGCGGUCGCAAAGGCUGAGGCUCCAAAGACAGAAGUUCUCAAGGUGAAGAUCGCCCAGACAGAGGCACCAAAAAUGGAGUCUUCUGUGGUAGAAGUUCCUACAAAUGAGCUGCCCAAACCUGUACCACCUAAAUCUGAACCACCCAAGACUCCAGUGGUAGCUGCUCCUGUUGUCUCUGUCCCAAUGACUGAGGCCAUGACUUCUCCUGCUCCUCUACCCACCACAGUCGCUACUGCCAUUGCUGUCACUCCAGCCACUGUGGAGGCUAAGGCUCAACCAGCAGAGCUACCUAAACCAGCAGAGGAGAAGGUUGAGAAGCCAGCAGAGGAGAAGGUUGAGAAGCCAGCAGAGGAGAAGGUUGAGAAGCCACUGAAGCAACAGAAACCAGUACCUGUCACAGUGGCUGAGAGGGUAACUCCACAACCAGUCCCAACAGCUGAUACUAUCAAGAAAGUGGCCGCUCCAUUGGUUGAAAAGGUGGAUGAUGUCCUUCCUGAACCUCAGCAGAUUCUUACUGAGAAGGAGACUGUGGAGGAGGAGAAAGAGCCAACUGCAGACUCCCUCCUAGCAGACCAGGUAGUAGUUGAGGUACCGUCCAGCCCAGCCAGUCCAUUUGAGGCUGAUACCAAGACUGAGGACCAUAGUAUCAAGUCCCAGGAUGAACCAGAUAUACUUCCUAUCUCACAGGGCUCCUACAGCUCAGAGGAAGAGCUGAAGGAGUUGCAGACAGACAGAAAUGUCCCUAUGAUUGACACGACCGCUGACACAGCCAUGCCUUCCAAAGAUGAGGUGAAUGUGGAAAGGAGGCGUCUGAAUUACGUGCAGAUGGAGGAGAGCAGUGGGAGCGAACCCUCGCCCCAGGUCCAGAGACAGAGGUUAAGUGCGAUAGCAGUCAGCACGGCAGCCUCAUCCAGCAGCGAGGACUACAAAGCAGACAGCCCAGCAGUCAGCCCAGACUCAUCUGUGGAUGAGGAGGAGUUCAUCCGCAGGCAGAUCAUGGGGAUGACAGGAGAGGAGGAGAUGUUUCUCUCAGAGGAGGAAAAAGAUGAGAAAGAGAGCAGAGAGGAGGAGACCAAGGAGGCCGAGGUGGAUAACGAAUCAGGCAAAUCCAAACUUCUGCUAAAGAAAGGCAUUAUGGAUAAUGAAGACAGCCCAGCCAGGAGACCAUCUCUUCCAGGAUUUGAGGCUAAAACCACUGCAGAUAGGUCUGAGCUCACCACCACUGUGUUUAAGAAAGACAUGACGUUACAGCGAACAAAGAGCACGGGUGAUGGAGAUGCUGAGGUGGAGAGCAUCACAGAGUCUCUGGAGGACAAGUCCAAAGGUGAGGGGUCAUCCAGUGUCCAGGUGUCCAGCUUCACCCCUGGAACCUCUCCCACCUCAGCCUCUUCUCUGGAGGAGGACAGCGACAGCAGCCCCAGCCACAAGAGGAGCGGGGAGGGGAAACAGCACCGCAAGGCCAAGCACAGGCAGGCUGGCCAGUCCCUUCCCACCAUCGAGGACUCGUCAGAAGAGGAGGAACUCAGGGAGGAAGAAGAUCACCUCAGGGAGCAGGAGAAACAGAAAGAGUCAGACCAGCAGCAGGGGAAGAGGAGCUCCAAGAAGUCCAAGAGGAAUAAAGACGAACUACAGACUCAGAGGAAAUGGGAUAAGCCUGUAACCUCGCCCAGUAACCCGUCUCCUAUUGAAAACGCCUCGCCCACUGUGGAGGUGAGGCAGGCUAGAGAGAUGGAAGUGUUUCACAAGUCCUCAGGCUCUGACUAUUCUCCUAGCAUGGAGUCUGAUUCAGAGGCGUUUCACACGGAGGCCAAGAUAGCUGUCCCAAAAGGACAGAAGUUCAGUACUGCAGAGCCACUAAAGAGUGCAGAGGAGGUAUAUGAGGAGAUGCUUCAGAAAGCUAGAUCUCCUAAAGGAGAGACAGAGCCAGUCCCUGAGAUAGAGCCACUCUACGGAGGCAUGGCCAUAGAGGACUACCUCUAUGAGUCCCUAGUGGAGGAGCCUGAAGCUAAACCUAGUUCAGCCCGACCGGAGCAGCCUAGUAAAGACCAUGCUAAAGAGCCGGGGAAGAAAAGUUUAAGGUCUCCUGAAGAGGUGUAUGAGGAGAUGAUGCAGAAAAAGAAGGAACUGAUGUUGAUAGAGCAGGAGUUUCAGAGGGCUCAGUCAGCGAUAGACACUCCAAAUCCAGAAAUACAUGUGACUGCACCAUCCAGUGCUGCAGCUGAGAGCUGCAAAGUUGGUGAGGCAGAGGGAGAAAAGCCUAUGUUAGAUGCUGAUUCUACCUACGUUAAGAGGAAGAAACGUCCUGCUCCACCACGGCCCUCUGAACCUCCUAAACGGCCUGAGGUCAACGUUGCCAAGCCAACAGUUCCUCAGGAUAUGACUAUGAGGAGGGCUCUUUUCCCCAUACCGGAUUUGAAGAUCACCCAGUGUUCCUCUGGAGAGGAUGAGACAGAUGAUAGUAUAAUAGAGGAGUAUGGAGUGGGAGUGUCCUCUGAUAUUACCCCUAGCGAUGAGUCUGAGACUAAAGAACAGGUAGAGUCCUCUCCAGUUUCAGAACAUACACCAAUAACAGAGGCAGCUGAGAUUGAACCCAUCACUGUAGUGUGUGAGGUUCCCCAGACGAAAGCUACACCAGCUCCUGCCCCUGAGACAAUUCUAGCCACCAGUACAACCACCACAACAUCACCAAUUUCUCCAGUAUCACCGCCCACCUCACCAGCAACUCCAGACUCAAGUCUAGCCUCCAAUGCUACUUCCUCCUCCUCUUUCCAAGCUCCAAGUCCUCUCUCCUCUGACUCUACUCCAGUGUCCACUCCAACACCAGACCUGGCCAAAGCUGCAGCUCCCUUCGCAGCUCAGCUGCCUGCUGAUAUCUCCCCUCCUUCUAUUGCUCCCAUUAUGGCUGUUUCUCCAACCACAGUUUUGGUCACAAUUCCAGAUGUGGUGAGAGAUCCAACCCAAGCACCAACACCAGCUACAACUACAGUCCAUGCUUCUGCUCCACUAGCCCAACCCCAAGCCUCAGUCCCUGCCUCAGUGGUGGUGCACAUACCUGAUCCGGUUGUAAUCCAAAUGCCAGACCUGGUUACAUCUCCAUCCCAGAUGUCUGUUCAGGGUCCACCUUCUGUGCAGGUCACAGCACCAACUCCAGUACCAAGCCCAGUACCUUCUGAAGCCACAUCUCCAGUCCCAGCUGCUCCCAGUGCAAUGUCAACUUCGGCUCCAGUCUCUGCUCCAACUCCAGCCCCAGCUCCAGUUGUAGUCCAAAUGCCAGACCUGGUUACCAUCACCUCUUCAGUUUCACCCCAAGCCCCACUACCUGUGACAUCCUCGGCUCCUGCCCAGGCUACAGUGGUGCAUUCAGUCCCUGACCAGACUGCUGCCCCACCUCCAACCCCAGUAGUAGUCCCAGCCAUAGGGACACGCCGAAUUCAGAGACAAGCCUCCACCAAAAAAGCCCCACCUCCUCCUCCACCUAGGUCUACAUCAGUCUCCCUGCCCCAAACCUCAGCAGAGCCUACCUCUAUCAGGGCCAUCCAUAAUGUCUCCCCGACCGUGACUACCACUAUAGCCAUGGGAGCAGCUCUGCCUGUGGUGGUGAAUGUACAGUCGCUAGUGGAGGAUGUCCGGCCAGAAGGUGUUGCUGGCUCUCAGGUUAUGAUGACCCCGACCAGACAGGGGCAUGUGGUCAUCAUAGUCCCCAAUGUGGAGAACAUGUCGGUGCUCAGCCAGAUAACCCAAGACCUUGUGGCAAACUCAGUGGCAAUAACUACCACCUCUGCUGUGGUUGAAGGCAGUAGUCAGAUAGCAGCAAGGCCUGUGGUUGUCAGUGUUGCUCCUUUCUAUACUGCUCCCUCUGUUCCUGCUGUACACAGCUCAGACACAUAUAUACCUUUGGCAGAUACCCCAACACCUCCUUUGCCUCCUCCACCACCCCCUGCCACCUUACUAAAGCCAGCUGUUUAUCCCAAAAAGCCUUCCAUUUCCAUCCCACCUUCAGUCCCAACAUCAGUGCCGGUCUCAGCUGCUUUGACAAUGGCACAGGCAACUGUAACAACCCCAGGCCCCACUCCAGUACACAAGGCCCCUGCACCCCCUCCAGUCCCCCCCAAGCCUGUGUCCAUCCCUGCAGGGCUGGUGUUCAGCCACCGACCAGGGGAGAGUGUCAAACCUCCAGUGUAUCCCACUGCCAGCCACACACUUCCCACGACCAGAGAAGUGGUCCCGAAAGCCAGCUCAGCAGAGCCAUUCACAGCCACAACACUGCCCAGGACCAGAGAACCUCCCAAUGCCCUGUCUCUGAGUCUGACCACCCCAGUGGAAUCCAAGAUGAGUGCUACCUCACCCAGGUCCCCUCUUUCUCCAAGGAACGCCAAGUGUCUGGAGACGUAUGUUGUGAUAACUCUGCCCUCAGAGCCUGGCACACCCACAGAGGGUAUCACUGUCCAAGCCCCCAUCAGAAGAGGGUCCAUCAUCCCCUCUAAGCAGACAGGCCCAGGGGUUUGGACCACACCGUCAGAACAGCAGUCACCCAUUGAGGCCUUCUCAGCCCAGGACAAUGUCAGGAGAGCAUCAGUUUCCUCAUUGAGGCAGCCGCCACCACCACCAGCAGCAAUAGGACCAGUCGAAGUAGCAGCACCCCUAGAGGGAGUCACUGUUCUAGCAACAGCAAGGCGGCCUUCCAUACCAUCAGCUAUGCAGCUUCCAUACGGUAUGGCUGCGGUGGUGACAGUUUCAGCUGGGUCUGAGAUGCCUAUUCAGGUGGUUACAACUGAGGCUACUUCCACUACAAAAAGAGCGUCUAUAACCAUGCAGCAGCUUCUAACUAUGGCCCAGGUUAUCACAAUGCCUGCAGAGGCAGAGGUACCUCUAGAGGCAUAUGCUGCCCAAGUUCAAUACAGGAGAGAAUCCAUCCCCUCAGCAGUGCAACCGCCACAGGCAGUAUCAGAGGUCCUGAGUUACUCAUCAGAGUAUGAGACCCCCCUGGAGGUCAUUACAACUGAAGCCUACACCAGGAGAAUGUCAGUUCCCUCUGGCCAGGAGGUUCCCCAGACUGUCCCCGUGGCUCCAGUCACCAUCACCAGGAAGUUCCACCAGGAGUCGAUAGAGAGCCAGGAAAUCCGUGGGCCUGAGAAGGUGGUGUCCAGCCUGAGCCACGUGUACUCCUCCUCUAUCUCCACCUCAGCCCAGCCCCCGGAGAGUCUGCCCAGCCUGGUCACUCAGGUGGUCACCACCGAGGUUCAGAGAACCACUGUAUCUGUGGUUCAUGAGAGGCUGCCCCAAGCUCCUGCGUCAGACGCAUUGGCCAUCCCUAUCCAGCCAGACCUGGCUAAAGUCCAGCCCUCUCCCAAACAGAACGGGAAGAUCUAUUCCGGUGAUGCCAUUGACCUCCGCACCAUUAAGGUCGGUGUAAAGAUGACUGAUUCAGGGAUGGACUUGACGCCUCGGGAAUCGAGUCGCCAGUCCGUCUGUAGCAACUCUAGUGGCCGACAUACGGCAGUGCAGCCAGAGAUAGUGAACCUGAGUGCUGAGAUCACCCCUUCCACCACGUUGGCUGUUGUAACUGAUAGCAUCACUAUUGUCACCUGUUCAGCCACCAUUGCCUCCUACACCAGCGAGCCAGCAGAAAAGCCUUUAGAUCUGCAGGGUUAUGUUGCCUCCAUGCCUCUCCCUCUUACCACAUACAAACCAUUCGAGCCUCUGGCACAGAUAGUGUAUAGGCGGGUAGACUCUCCACCUAUCGUCAGCACGGUGACAGUCAGAGACACAGAGACACCAAUUAACCUGUCCUAUGGAGCCUCCACAGUAGAUAGCAGGCUUCCAGUGACCAUGGCCCCAGCUAUCAGCAAUGGGGGGACCAUGCUCUCUGAGCUGGCUGGGGCCGUGGACCUGUCCACCUCCAGACCCCUUAGGGCCAUGGUGGCUCUGUCCGGCACCAGCCCAGGUGUGGUGACCACGGUUGUAAAGGAUGAUGGGACGCCCAUAGAUCUGACAGCUGGGAAAAAUGUGUGCUGUGACGUCAUCUACAAGCUACCCUUCACAGGGAGCUGUGGGACCCAGCCACCAGUUAUUACCCAGCCUGACCACCACUUCGGCUACAGAGACGACCACUACCAGUAUGAUCAUGCUGGGGUCUAUGGAUUCAAGGUCUUGAACGGCAAGGCCAUGUCUGAGACCAAUCUGGCUGAUGCAGGACUCUUCCUCUAUAAUGGAAAGACCGGAUAUGACUAUAACAGAGUCUUGGACAGUGCAGUAGACCUGACAGCUGGUAAUAUAUCCGCAGGUGAAGCUCUAGACUACACUAGUAAAGCUGCUGGGUCCUAUACUGGGAUAUCCACUGCUCCAUAUUCCCAGGUCCCUGCUUAUAGUGUCCUUAGAUCCUCAGACGGAAUGGUAUACUCCUCCAUAGCAGCCCCUGUUCCUUCUACAUAUGCCAUUACCACCCAGCCAGGGUCCAUCUUUAGCACCACCCUACCCCCUACCACCACCCUCCAGGAGCAGCCAACCCAAGCCCCAUACCCCUAUGGCUUCAUCCCCACCACCGACCCUGGCCACCAGAUCAUCAGCCUGGGCACUGGCCUGCCCAAGGACCUGCUGCCCAGCGCUCUGGCUGACAUCAUGACUGGCUUCCCUGCCCUGUACUCUGACCAAACCCUGGAGGCCAUUGCAGCCUCUCUGGAGGCCCUAGCCUCGUUGCCCAUGUUCCCCGGCCUGGAUGACAGCAAGAUCACCCAGUAUCAGAUGGAGAGGGAGUUCCUGCAGCUGGAGAAGCUGAAGCAGUUGUGUCUGGCAGAGGAGCUGGAGUGGGAGAGGCAGGAGAUCCAGCGCUACCGCGAGCAGGAGCAGAUCAUGGUGCAGAGGGAGCUGGAGGAGCUGCAGGCUCUGAAACAGAAGUUGUUAGUGCAACAGGAAGAGGAGCACCAAGCACACCUUGUAGCACAGCAGGAGACCUACAACCAGCAGAGGGAACAGCUAGAGCAGAUCCAACAGCUCCAGGUGCAGCUACAGCACCAGCUAGAGGAGCACUACGGUACCACAGGAACCUCAGAUAACCUGCUAGAGGCACAGUAUGCAGGGGUGGGGGAUAACGGUCAGUACUGGCCUGUUAGGGAUGAGUCCACCACCUCAUCCACUGUCAUCCAGCUAGAGGGUGGGGUGCAGUAUGUGACCGGUGAGGGUCAGAGAGAGGUUGGAGGUCAGGACCAGCUGCAAUUCAGUAGGAAACAGUCGGCAGGGUCUAAGCAGCCUGGUGAUCAAGGGUAUGGUACAGGGGUGGUAGGGAAGAGGAUAGUGGACAGUGGGGUCCAGACAGACGAUGAGGACUCGGUAGACAGAACGUAUGUGGGGAGGAGGAAGAGGAACAACAGGAGGGGUGUAGACAGCAGUGUUCAGACUGAUGAUGAGGAGGACCAAGAGGAUGAGUGGGACAUGCCAACCAGGUCGCGGCGGCGCUCCCGCUCCAGCAAGCACAGCGGCGAGGGAAAACACGGUGGCUCUAAGGUCUCCAGCAUCGCCAUCCAGACUGUGGCAGAGAUCUCUGUCCAGACCGACCACUCUGGCAGCAUCAAAUGCCCCAGCAUCCAGAUGGACACUAAGGUGGAGAUCAUCAAACACAUCUCAGCCCCAGAGAACUCUCAGAGAGGAGGCAGCCUCAGCUGCCAGACAGACACAGACCGCAGGCGCCACUUGCCCGUAGAGGUGGGCUACAGCGCCUACCUGAAGGCAGACCUCGCCCCCAAGUCCCCCAAAGUGCUUUACUCUCCCGUGUCUCCCCUCUCCCCGAGUAAGGCCAUGGAGGAAGGGCAGAAGAGGCUGACCACUGACCCGUCCAGGUUUUCCUCCGGCCCUAGGAUGCUGAAGCCUGGACCGAAGUCUCUGCCUGACCCCAAGUCUCUCAGCCCCACCAUCGAGGACAGGAUAGGCUACCACUACACAGAAACCUACUCUGGCCAGGGCUCUCCGUCAGGCACUGGAAAGAAGGUGAAGAGGACCCUACCCAACCCUCCCCCGGAGGAUGACCCUCUGACUGGCCCGUCAGGCUACAGCACCAACUCAGCGCGCCGACGGCUCGGCCGUCACACCACCAUGGCCCGGGCCAAGAUCUUGCAGGACAUCGACAAGGAGCUGGACCUGGUGGAGAGAGAGUCAUCCAAGCUCCGCAGAAAACAGGCCGAGCUAGACGAGGAGGAGAAAGAGAUUGAUGCCAAGCUGAGGUACCUGGAGAUGGGCAUCAACCGUCGUAAGGAUGCCCUGCUGCAGGAGAGGGAGAAGAGGGAGAGGGCCUACCUGCAGGGUGUGGCUGAGGAAAGAGACUACAUGUCAGACAGUGAGGUCAGCAACAUCAGGGAGACCAGAGGGAACAGCCACGGCCUGGAGAGACCCAGGACAGCUCCCCAGUCAGAGUUCGACCAGUUCAUUCCCCCUGAAACUGAGGCUGACUCCCAGUACUCCACUCUUACCAGUCCCUACUCCCACUACACCCAGUAUGUCCCCCAGACCCAGGCCAUCAGCAACUACCCCCAGCAGACCCUGUACCAGCAGCAGGCCCUCUACCAGCAGCACCCCUAUCAGAGUCAGUCAGUCUACUCCUCUGUGCCCAGCCUGUCCUACCCCCAGGCCUCCCACUCCCACCAGCAGGCCCAGUCCUCAGGCUACCAGUCCAAGAACAACACCAACUACGAGGUGAUCCGGAACCAGCCCAUGAUCAUCGUACCCUCCUCCAGCGAGGGGGGGUAUGGGGUGGGGAAGUACGGUAGCCUGGAACUGAGGAUGGGCCUGGAGGAGAGGAGCAUGGCCUCCAGCCCCAUGUCUAGUAUAUCUGCUGAGUCUUUCUACGCUGACAUCGACCACCACAAUGCCAGGAACUAUGUUCUGAUAGAGGACAUAGAGCAGCUGACUAAAGGCUCUACAGCGCUGGGCUCUGCAGGGCUGGGGUCAGGGUUCAGUCUGCCUGAUAAGGACCUGUCUAAGGCUGACAGGCUGCUCCGGGCCGCUGAGGCCAGGCGCACUGCAGAGGUAACUGAUAUGUAAACAGUUGCAGAGUUCCUUGGUAACUCGCGUUUGCACAGCUACGGUAAAGGAGAGGAGGACUCUAUGGAGGAGCCUUAUGAGCUGAAGCUCCUGAAGCAACAGAUAAAGCAGGAGUUUAGACGAGGGACGGAGGGUCUGGAGCACCUCUCAGGCCUGGGCAUGCCUCAGUACCUCCCCACUGACCCCAGCUACAGACACUUCCCUAAGGCUGACAAGUACAGCAUCAGCCGGCUGACUCUGGAGAAACAGGCUGCCAAGCAGCUCCCUGCCGCCGUGCUCUACCAGAAACAGAUCAAGAACCAAAAGAAGGCAGCCCUGUUGGACCCCAAGAUAACCAAGUUCUCCUCCAUCCAGGAGAGCAGAGACCUGGAGCCAGACUACAGCAGCUUCCUGGGUUCUGGAGCCUCGUCUGUCACCAACCUGUCCACGCGAGCCAGACUGCUCCAGGAUGAGAUCACCUUUGGCCUGAGGAAGAACCUGUCUGAGCAGCAGAAGUACCUGGACUCCUCCCUGGGAUCUAACCUGGCUGGCUCUCUGGGCCAGAACCUGGGCCAGUCCCUUGGCCUGGGGGGACCCACCAUGAGGACUACCCUACAGGACGACACCACCUACCCCAGCGGCACGCGCUCUCGCCCCUCCUCCCGCCCCAACUCCCGCCCCAACUCCCGUCCCACUUCCGUCUAUGGCCUGGAUCUGUCCAUCAAACGGGACCUUUCCAGCUCCUCUCUCAGGCUGAAGAUUGAGGGAGAAGCAUUGGACGCAGCGUUCGGCACGGGGGUGGCCAGGACCAAGCCCACCAGCCUGCCUAUAAGCCAGAGCCGCGGGCGCAUCCCCAUCGUGGCUCAGAACUCAGAGGAGGAGAGCCCUCUGAGUCCUGUGGGAGAGCCCAUGGGCAUGGCCAGAGCCUCAGCCGGCCCUCUACCACCCAUCUCAGCUGACUCCAGAGACCAGUUUGGCUCUAGCCACUCCCUGCCGGAGGUCCAGCAGCACAUGAGGGAGGAGUCCAGGGCUACACUGGGACAUAGUGGGGUCUAUGACAAAGAUAUAGCCUUCAUCAUGGACGACCUGGGGGGAGCCAUGUCUGACAGCGAAGCGUACCACCUGAGGAGGGAGGACACUGACUGGUUUGAUAAGCCUGCAGAGAGACAACAUCAGGAAAAUGGACAGCCUCUGGACAGGAGACAGAUUAAGCUGAUUCCCUAUGUGUUCCCUCACACCCGGCUCAAACUACAGAGGGACCCCAAGGACACCAGUGUCUCAGGGAAUGGCCUGGGGAUCCGUGUGGUGGGAGGAAAGGAGAUUCCUGGUUGUCAUGGUGAGAUAGGAGCCUACAUCGCCAAGGUUACACCCGGAGGAGUGGCCGAACAGACAGGGAAAGUGGUGGAAGGAAUGCAGGUGUUGGAGUUGAACGGGGUUCCUCUGAUGGGGAAGACUUACGAGGAGGUGCAGUGCAUUAUGGGUCAGCCGUCUGCAGAGACUGAGCUCUGUGUGAGACUUGACCUGAACAUGCUGUCUGACCCUGAGCGCCCCCAGGCCUUGGAGGACCAUGACCAGCUGAAACCUGGUGACAGGCAGUGUUCUCCAGGAGUGGACCCAAAGCAGCUGGCUGCAGAGCUGCAGAAGGUUUCCCAACAGCAGGCCCCUGGGAUGGGGGUAGAAAUGGGGGUGGGGGGGCCAGGAGGAGUAGGGGUCCUCUCUGCCCUUGACCGCUCAGCUCUGUUACACUCAGGCAAUGCAUCGGCCAGCUCUAGUGCCGUCCCCAGCCCUGGUCAGCCUGCCUCCCCAGCCAUCAACAAGAAACAACGCCACAGCGCCAAGUCGGCAGCGGAUGUGCAGGUGCUAAAGCCUCAGCCUCACCCAAUAACAGGAGAAAUACAGCUCCAAAUCAGCUAUGACAGGAACCUGGGGAACCUGAUAGUGCAUGUGCUCCAGGCCAGGAACCUGGCUCAGAGAGACCCCAACAGAUACUCUGACCCCUUUGUCAAGGUCUACCUCCUACCAGGGAGAGGACAAGUCAUGGUAGUCCAGAACGCAAGUGGUGAGAACAAGAGGAGGACCAAGUACGUUCAAAGGAGUCUGAACCCAGAGUGGAACCAGACCGUCAUCUACAAGAACAUACACCUGGAACAGCUGAAGAAGAAGACUCUGGAGGUGACAGUGUGGGAUUAUGACAAAUCUUCCUCCAAUGACUUCCUGGGAGAAGUGUUGAUAGAUCUGUCUAACACAUCUCAGCUGGACAACACUCCUCGCUGGCUGCCUCUGAAGGAGCAGAGUGAGAGCAUUGAGCAUAGCAGAGCACACCACACCGCCCAGGGGCCUGGGGGGUCCCCCAAGAAUUCUGUGAUAAAGAGCAGAAGCCACGGGAUCUUCCCUGACCCAGCAAAAGACAUGCAGAUGGUGACUCUAGAGAAGUCCCACAGUAGUCCCGGCAGCUCUAAGUCAUCGUCAGAUGGCCAGCUUCGUUCCCACGGUCCGUCCCGCAGCCAGAGCAAGAGCAGUGUCACGCAGGCCCACCUGGAGGAUGCUGGGAUAGCUAUUGCUGCCGCAGAGGCCGCUGUGCAACAAGCCCGCCUCCAACCGAGACCAGGCCACAGGUUGGGGGAUGUGUCGGGGCCGGUGGUGUCCUCAGCCCCCAAUCUGCUGGAGGGGUAUGGGGGUCUGGAUGGAGAAGAGGGGGCUGGCACAGGGGUCGACAGCGCCAUUUUCCAGGUCCCACGCAUAGGGAAGACCAUCCCCAACGGCAUCGACAAGUCUAGAGGACUGCCACUCUCGCUAUCAGACAAUGAGGCGUGUGGGGGUAAGACCCAGAUGAUGGGGGAGAUCAAGGUGGCCUUGAAGAAGGAGGUGAAACAAGAGGGAGACCAGCUGGUCCUGGAGGUUCUACAGUGUAGAAACAUCACUUACAAGUUCAAGAGCCCAGACCACCUACCAGAUCUCUAUGUGAAGCUGUACGUUGUUAAUGUGGCGACUCAGAAGAGGAUCAUCAAGAAGAAGACAAGAGUGUGUCGACACGACAGAGAACCCUCCUUCAACGAGACCUUUAGGUUUAGCCUCAACCCCACCGGACACUCCCUGCAGUUGUUCCUGGUGUCUAACGGGGGUAAGUUUAUGAAGAAGACCCUGAUAGGAGAGGCCUACAUCUGGCUGGACAAGGUGGACAUGAGGAAGAGGGUGGUCAGCUGGCACAAGCUGCUGGUCAAUUCCACACACAACCAGUCCUGA